AUGAGUCUUCGCGACCUGGUCGAGGGUGAGGCGAUCAUGGACGAUGACGAAAACGAUGAGGAAGUCCCCGACGAUUACGACGGCGAGGGUCAGGUUCAUGAGGGUGCAGGCACCACCAACCAUUACAAUGACUCCAGCGAGGAAGAGGACGAAGAAGAAGACGAUGAGGAGGCUGCUCGCGCUUCGAAGUUCAAGCGUUUGAAGCGAGGCAAAGAUCGCGAGAGCCACCAACCGUCUCACGGUGUUGAUGACAUCUUCAAUUCGGACGAAGAAGAGGAAGCGCAGCAAUAUGCACGAUCAGGCCAGCGCCGCGUCAUGCGCGAUGAAAUGGACGACUUCAUCGAGGAAGACACCUUCUCCGAUGACGAGGCUCAACGUGAGCGGGAUGAUCUGGAGGUUGCGCCAGCUUCCAGAGUCAAUAAAACUGGGCUGAUCCCAACCGACACAUCGGGGUUGGACGAAAAUGCGCUCGAGGAUAUGCGCGCUGCGUUCGGCGAUGGCACAGAGUACGACUUCGCACUGCAAAUGGAAGAACAAGAGGAUGCAGAAAAACAAACAGAAGAGCGCCAUCUCGACUUGAAGGACGUCUUUGAACCGUCCGAGCUCGCCGAGCGGAUGUUGACUGAAGAUGACAAUGAGAUCCGCCUCCUCGACGAACCUGAACGCCACCAAGUUGCCCGCAAACCAUAUAAGCAUGUCACUUUGACAGAAGAUCAAUUCCGGGAGGAGGCUGUCUGGAUCUCAAACUUGAUGCUGCUGAAGAAGCGCAUGGAGCCCGAGUUGCGGGAACCUUUCCAGCGCUCUGUUGCCAAGAUGCUGGAGUUUUUGAUCACAGAUGAUUGGGAAGUGCCGUUCAUUUUCCAACAUCGGAAGGACUACAUGAUCCACGCCGUCAAGGACAUGGACGAUGGAGCCAACCCGGACGACGGUUCUGCGCAAUAUAGCAUCCGCGCCGAAAAGCUUCUCAACAUGACAGAUCUAUGGGAUAUUUUCGACCAUGACCUCAAGUUCCGCGCUUUGAUUGACAAGCGUGGCACAAUUCAAAAGACAUACGAUAGCCUGCGUGAUCUGUUCAGUGUGAGCGACUCUAACGUCGAGGAUCUGCUAGCCGCCGCCGCUAGCAUGGAAGAACUGCAAGACGUGCAAGACUACAUUCAUUUCCAAUACUCCUCACAGCUACGUGAUCUGAACCAGUUGAAUGGUGAAGCCAACGGAGAGACCCAACGCCGCAAAGCAACUGGCCGUUCAUUCUUCGAGCGUGUCCGAAACGGAAAUGCAUACGGAAUGGUGCGCGCGUUUGGAAUCACGGCGGAUGCCUUUGCCCAAAAUGCUUCGAAAGAGGGCCGGAGGCAAUACACAGAAGACCCUGCUGAGCAUCCUGACCAAAUGGCGGAUCAAUUCGUUGACAACGAUUUCUCAAACAGCUCGCACGUUCUGAAGGCCGCAAAGAGCAUGUUCGCCGAGGAACUUACCGUCAGUCCUAAGAUGCGCAAGGUCAUCCGACAGGCCUACUAUAUGAAUGGAGUCGUUGAUUGUUUCCGCACGGAGAAAGGUCUUCGCCGCAUUGACGAGCAGCAUCCAUACGCCGAGUUCAAAUACUUGCGCAACCAGCAACUCAGCGAUAUUGCUCGUCGCCCAGAGAUGUUCCUCCGCAUGCUCAAGGCCGAAGAAGAGGGCUUAAUGGAUGUUCGCGUCCGAUUCGAGAAUUUUGAUCAAUUCCGCUCGCGUCUAUACGCUGAUAUCGAGUCUGACAACUACAGUGAGCUUGCUGACGCUUGGAACCGUGUCCGUCGUGAUGUCUUGGAUCUUGCUCUCGGCAAACUGGAAAAGUUGAUCAAUCGCAGUGUCAAAGAAAACAUUCGACAGGAAUGUGAGAACCAUGUGGCCAAGGAGUGUCGCGAAGCCUUCUCGCAGCGUCUGGACCAGGCUCCUUACAAACCAAAAGGCAUGGUGCUCGGUACAGUUCCCCGUGUUCUCACUCUGUCCACGGGCUCUGGACAAGUGGGUCGGGAUCCCAUUCAUUGGGCUUACACCGAAGAAGAUGGUCGCGUCUUGGAGAAUGGCAAGUUCGUUGACCUUUCACUGGGAGACGAGAGCCGUGGGAUUUCAGACGGUGCAAGUGUAGCUGCAUUCGUGGAGCUGGUCGAUCGCCGUCGCCCGGAUGUCAUUGGUGUCUCGGGUAUGACGCCAGACACCAAACGUUUGUUCAAGAUUCUGUUCGAUCUCGUUGAGCAUAAGGAUAUGCGCGGUGCCUCAUACACCGAUGACCGGGAUGAAGAAGUCAGUGAUCCUCUGGAGGUGGUCAUCGUCAACGAUGAAGUUGCCCGGUUGUACCACAACAGCCCUCGCGCCAGAAGUGACAACCCUGGCUUCGGGCCGCUGACCCAUUACUGUGUGGGUCUUGGCCGUUAUUUGCAGAGCCCCCUCAAGGAAUACGCGUCCUUGGGCCGUGACAUUGUCUCCAUUCAGUUCAAACCCGGUCAGCAACUAGUGUCCCAGGAUCUUCUACUUAAACAACUGGAGACCGCUAUGGUUGAUAUGGUCAACCUUGUCGGUGUUGAUCUUAAUGAAGCAGUGGGCGACACAGCGACAGCUAACCUCUUGCCGUAUGUCUGUGGUCUUGGACCCCGAAAGGCUGCUCAUCUACUUAAGAUCGUCAACAUGAACGGUGGAGUUGUUAACAACCGCGUGGAACUGCUUGGUGUCAACGCACAAUACCCGGCAAUGGGUGUCAAGGUCUGGAACAACUGCGCCAGCUUCGUCUACGUUGACUUCGAGAACGCCGAUCCCGACGCCGAUCCGUUGGACAACACUCGUGUGCACCCCGAAGAUUAUGAUAUUGCACGCAAGAUGGCUGCCGACGCAUUGGAGUUGGACGAGGAAGACAUCAAGGCCGAGACAGACGAGAACGGCACUGGCGCCAUUAUGCGCAAGCUCUUCCGCGAGGAGGCGCAGGACCGUGUUAACGACCUGAUUCUCGAGGAGUAUGCCGAGCAGCUGGAGAGGAACCUCAAUCAGCGCAAGCGUGCUACGCUUGAAACCAUCAGAGCUGAGUUGCAACAACCAUAUGAAGAACUGCGAAAGCAAUUCGUCUUCCUCAGCACUGAUGACAUCUUCACUAUGCUCACUGGUGAAACGCUUGAUUCACUCACACUGGGCAUGGUGGUGCCUAUUGCCAUCAAAAAAGUCUUCGAGGAUCACAUUGAAGCUAAGCUGGACUGUGGAGUUGAGGUGCUUGUUGCCGAGACGGAACUGGGUGUUCCCGCCGAGAUUCCCGUGCGCAACGCAUACCAGCCUCACCAGACCGUUCCAGCUAAGAUCCUGUUCUUGAACCGCAAGGGCUUCUCUUGUAAUGUUUCCUUACGUGAAGAUCAAGUCAGCCAUCCAGCUCGUCGAAACCCCGAUCAUGGCUUUGGCGACUGGGAUGACCAGCAAGAGCGAGCCGACCAGGAAUCGCUGCAGGAGAAGACCCAGCGUGGCGGUCAGGCUAUGCGUGUUAUCAAGCACCCGCUUUUCCGGCCAUUCAACUCCACUCAGGCCGAGGAGUUCCUGGGCUCUCAGAGCACUGGUGACGUUGUCAUUCGGCCAUCUUCUCGGGGCCACGACCACCUGGCAGUUACCUGGAAGGUGGCCCAAGGAGUCUACCAGCACAUUGACGUUCUUGAGCUGGACAAGGAGAACGAAUUCUCCGUCGGCCGUGUUCUCAAGGUCGGUGGCCGCUACAGCUAUAGCGAUCUGGAUGACCUGAUCGUCAACCACGUCAAGGCGAUGGCCAAGAAGGUGGACGAGAUGAUGUGUCACGAGAAAUUCCGCAAAGGCAGCAGCAAGGCUGAGACAGAUCAAUGGCUCGAGACCUAUACCAAGGCCAACCCCCGUCGCUCCGCCUAUGCCUUCUGCACCAACCCCAAAUACCCCGGCUACUUCUUCCUUUGCUUCAAGGCCGGUGAGCAUGCGCGCCUCCAGAACUGGCCCGUCAAGGUCAUCCCGCAGGGGUACGAAUUACAAAAGAACCCUUACCCCGACAUGAACGCCCUCUGCAACGGCUUCAAGCUGAUGUUCAGCAACAUGAACCAAGGCCGGAGAUAA